GGAGCCGCCAAAGUGUCUAGACUGGCAUAUGAUGGGAGGCAGCCAAUGACUCCGCGGCGCUCCUCCGGGGGCCCUCAGUGUGCGUUUGAGGAGAACAAAAAAGAGAGAGCCGAGCGGGGGAGCGAGCGAGGGAGACGAGCUGAGAGAAAGAGCCGCCGGGCGCUGCCUCGCCAGACCUCGCCGGGACCACGGGGCCACCGGGAGGCACUUUUUGUGGAGGGGGGAGGGGGGCGACCUCUGCAGCCGCAGCGUCCGGGGCGUCCGAGCGCAGCGUGGGGCGGGCUACGACCUCUGCCUCGGUGGAUUGCAUUUUUAAUUAAGGAUUCCCAGCAGCUCUUUGGGAUUUUUACAGUUUCCACUCAUGUGUUGACACCCGCGUUCAGGAGAAAUUCGCUCCAAGUGCAUCUAGCGCCUGGGACCUGAGACGGAGUUGGCUUUUCGUGCAUGCAAUUCCAGGGAUUUUGGUUUUGUUUGGGGUUUCUUUUUCUUUCUUUCCUCUUUUUCUUUUUCUUUUUAUCUUUCUGCAGGGAGUAAGAAGGAAGCCGAGGGUAUCAACAAGCCUGCCUUUCGGAUCCUGCAGGAAAAGCCCAUGUAGUGAAGUGCUUGGGUUUUAAAGGCAGGGCUUCCCAGACACAUUUGGGGGGUUCGGCGCGAGCGCUUUGUGCUCAUGGACCAGCCCCAUAACUUUUGAAGGCUCUCCGGCCCAUGCGGGGUCUUGCUGGCGGCGCGCAGUCUGCAGUCCCUCUAAAGAGCCGGGGCUGGAGUUGCUGAGCUGCCCGGGCGCCGGGGUCCAUGUAGUCGCGGGCCGAGCGCGGACUGCGGCUCGGCGUGCGCGCGUUCCCCGCCGUCCCGCCCUGGCGAGCUCCCUCAUGUUGCAGCCCUGCGGCGCCCCUUCGACGACAGGCUGUGCGCGGUCUGCACGGCGCCCGGCGGCAGAGCUUCAUGUGGGGCUGCGGCCCGCGCAGCCGGCGCCUCGCUGAGGAAACGGACCCCCGGUAACCGGAGACCGCCUCCCCCCCACCCCCGGCGCCAAAGGAUAUCGUAUGUUCAGGUCCAAACGCUCGGGGCUGGUGCGGCGACUUUGGCGAAGUCGUGUGGUCCCCGACCGGGAGGAAGGCAGCGGCGGCGGCGGCGGCGGCGGCGACGAGGAUGGGAGCGUGGGCAGCCGAGCUGAGCCGGCCCCGCGGGCACGAGAAGGCGGAGGCUGCGGCCGCCCCGAAGUCCGCCCGGUAGCCCUGAGGCGGCCCCGGGACGCGGUGGGACAGCGAGGCGCCCAGGGCGCUGGGAGGCGCCGGCGCUCAGGGGGCCCCCCGAGGCCCAUGUCGGAGCCGGGGGCCGGCUCUGGGGGCUCCCCGCUGGACGUGGCGGAGCCGGGAGGCCGGGGCUGGCUGCCCGAAAGUGACUGCGAGACGGUGACCUGCUGUCUCUUCUCGGAGCGGGACGCCGCCGGCGCGCCCCGGGACGCCGGCGACCCCCUGGCCGGGGCGGCCCUGGAGCCGACGGGCGGCGGGCGGAGUCGCGAAGCCCGCUCGCGGCUGCUGCUGCUCGAGCAGGAGCUCAAGACGGUCACGUACUCGCUGCUGAAGCGGCUCAAGGAGCGCUCGCUGGACACGCUGCUGGAGGCGGUGGAGUCCCGCGGCGGCGUGCCGGGCGGCUGCGUGCUGGUGCCGCGCGCCGACCUCCGCCUGGGCGGCCAGCCCGCGCCGCCGCAGCUGCUGCUCGGCCGCCUCUUCCGCUGGCCCGACCUGCAGCACGCCGUGGAGCUCAAGCCCCUGUGCGGCUGCCACAGCUUCGCCGCCGCCGCCGACGGCCCCACCGUGUGCUGCAACCCCUACCACUUCAGCCGGCUCUGCGGGCCAGAAUCACCGCCACCCCCCUACUCUCGGCUGUCUCCUCGCGACGAGUACAAGCCACUGGAUCUAUCUGAUUCCACAUUGUCUUACACUGAAACGGAGGCCACCAACUCCCUCAUCACGGCUCCGGGUGAAUUCUCAGACGCCAGCAUGUCUCCGGAUGCCACCAAGCCGAGCCACUGGUGCAGCGUGGCCUACUGGGAGCACCGGACACGGGUGGGCCGCCUCUACGCGGUGUAUGACCAGGCCGUCAGCAUCUUCUACGACCUACCUCAGGGCAGCGGCUUCUGCCUGGGCCAGCUCAACCUGGAGCAGCGCAGCGAGUCGGUGCGGCGCACGCGCAGCAAGAUCGGCUUCGGCAUCCUGCUCAGCAAGGAGCCGGACGGCGUGUGGGCCUACAACCGCGGCGAGCACCCCAUCUUCGUCAACUCCCCCACGCUGGACGCGCCCGGUGGCCGCGCCCUGGUGGUCCGCAAGGUGCCCCCUGGCUACUCCAUCAAGGUGUUUGACUUCGAGCGCUCCGGCCUGCUCCAGCACGGGCCAGAGCCCGAUGCCGCCGACGGCCCCUACGACCCCAACAGCGUCCGCAUCAGCUUCGCCAAGGGCUGGGGUCCCUGCUACUCCCGGCAGUUCAUCACCUCCUGCCCCUGCUGGCUUGAGAUCCUCCUCAACAACCACAGAUAGCGGCCCGCCACCCGCCCCACCAACGGGGGCCCCGUGCCCAGAGACACAGCCCCCACGGACGACCCCCCCCAGAUAUCAUCUACCUAGAUUUAAUAUAAAGUUUUAUAUAUUAUAUGGAAAUAUAUAUUAUACUUGUAAUUAUGGAGUCAUUUUUACAAUGUAAUUAUUUAUGUAUGGUGCAAUGUGUGUAUAUGGACAAAACAAGAAAGACGCACUUUGGCUUAUAAUACAGAUAUAUUUUCUUUCUUCUCCUCCUUCCUCUUCUUUAUGGUUUUUUGUUGUUGUUGUUUGUUUGUUUUUUUAAAGAAAAUGAUACAGCAGAGCUAGGUGGAAGAGCCUGGGUUUGGUGUAUGGUUUUUGAAAUAUUAAUGCCCAGACAAAAAGCUAAUACCAGUCACUCAUUGAUAAUAAAGUAUUCGCAUUAUAGUUUUUUUUUUUUUUUUUUUUUAACUGUCUUCUUUUUAACAAAGAGGAACAUGCAGGGCUUCUGUGGGUUUCUGACCCAUCAGGCAUCCCGAAACUUGAUUUCAGUCUUUUACCGGUUAAAGAGCAGA